GCCGCGCCGGGCGGCUGCGCGUGCGCAGAGCCCUGGUCGCGCUCGCCGCCCGGAGGACUUCCGGCCGCCGAGCUCCGCGCUCCCGGCUCCCGGCUGCCGGCUGAUCCGAGCCCCGACGCGCCGAAGAGUGUCCGCGGCGACUUCCGCCCAGGCCCUACCAUGUCCAGGCCCCGGACCCCCGAGCCAGCCCUGGACAUGCAGGGAGACGCCCCCAGGGCCACGAGGAACGAGGACGAUGCCGACAGGACUCAGCACUCGCAUCGCAUGCUCAACUUCAGCGACGCACUGCUGUCCAUCAUCGCCACCGUGAUGAUCCUGCCGGUGACCCACACGGAGAUCUCCCCGGAGCAGCAAUUUGACAAAAACAUACAGAAACUUCUAGCAACCAGGAUUGCUGUCUACCUGAUGACGUUUCUCAUCGUGACCGUGGCCUGGGCAGCACACACGAGAUUGUUCCAGGUUGUUGGGAAAAUAGAUGACACACUUGCGUUGCUCAACCUGGCCUGCAUGAUGACCAUCACCUUUCUCCCGUUCACGUUUUCCUUAAUGGUGACCUUCCCCGAGGUGCCCCUGGGCAUCCUCUUGUUCUGCCUGUGUGUGAUCACCAUUGGGGCCGUGCAGGCGCUGAUUGUGGUGUACGCGUUCCACUUCCCCCACCUCCUGAACCCCCAGAUCGCGCGCUCCACCCACCGUGCCCUUUGUCGGCGGCACGUCCUGUACAUCGUGCUCCGGGGCCCAGCGCUGUGCUUCGCAGCCGCCGGCUUCUCCCUGUUCUUCUACCCUGCGUCGUACCUGCUGAUGGCAACGGUCAUUUUUCUCCCCUACGUGAACAAGGCCGCCAGCUGGUGCCGACAAAGGCUCGUGGGCCCCCAGGAGCCCCCAGCCCACAGCGUGGAGGUCUUCACUUUCGACCUGCAGGAGCCUCUUAGCAAGGAGCGGGUGGAGGCCUUCAGCGACGGGGUCUAUGCCAUCGUGGCCACACUCCUCAUUUUGGACAUCUGUGAGCACAACGUCCCGGAUUCCAAGGAGGUGAAGGAGCGUUUCCACGGCAGCCUGCUGUUGGCGCUGAGCGAGACCGGGCCGCGCUUCCUGGCGUACUUCGGCUCCUUCGCCACGGUGGGGCUGCUCUGGUUUGCCCACCACUCACUCUUCCUGCACGUGCGCAAGGCCACGCAGUCCAUGGGGCUGCUGAACACACUGUCGCUGGCCUUCGUGGGCGGCCUCCCGCUGGCCUACCAGCAGACCUCGGCCCUCGCCCGGCAGCCCCGCGACGAGCUGGAGAGCGUGCGCAUCAGCUGUGCCAUCAUCUUCUUUGCCAGCGUCUUCCAGCUCGCGAUGUGGACCGCGGCGCUGCUCCACGGCCCCGACACGCUGCAGCCGUCAGCGCGCUUCGGGGGCGAGGAGCACGCCUUCAUGCUGGCCAAGCUCGCUCUGUAUCCCUGCGCCAGCCUGCUGGCCUUCGCCUGCACCUGCUUCCUGAGUCGCUUCAGCGCAGCCAUCUUCCAUCUCACGCAAGUCGCCGUGCCCUUCAUCUUCCUGCUGCUACGCCUGCUGGUGCGCCUGGCCCUGCGUGUGCUGCGGGCACUGCCGGGCCUGGCGAGGCCGGCCCCCUACCCCCAGGAUGCUGCCGAGCGGGCCCCGCUGCUCCCUGCACCCUGCUAGCGCCCCAGCCUGAGUGCAGGAUCACUGGGUGGCCGCCCUUUGGGGAGACUGUUCGCUGCACUUUCACAGACCCACAGGGACUCAGCUUUGUGCCACUGCACGGCCCCUCUCCUGCGCCACACUCGAGCAGUCCAGGGGUUCCAGGGAUUGCUGAGGCCCAGCAGGAGUCCUCAGCCUUGUUCCUGGGAGCCACAACAAGCAGCGCAGCCCCUCCUGGGAGCCAGCCAAGCCCACCUGCCCACCCUCCCCACCCGCACAGCUCCCUGGGGGAUGCUGGGCUGCAAAUCCCCUCCCCCACGUAUUGGCCUUAUGCACAAAGGAGCGAGACAUGGACAGCGACGCCCAGGCUGCAUUUGUUGAAGAUAUAAGUUACGCAGGGUUCAGGAGGUGUGGCUACAGAAGAGGACACUGCAGGCCCACGGCCCCACCUGGGCACAGGACAGCUUCCCCCUAGGCACAGUUUACAGUAAGUCCUGCAGACCCGUCACCAGCAGGGACUGCAAAGCAGAGACUAAUUACAUCAUGGGACAGGCACGAGGAGGCACAUGACCGCCAAAGGCUGUCAGUGCAGUUGUCAGUGUGAUUUUGGCAGAAGCUUGGGGGCACAGCUGGGUGGGCUGCGGCUGAGGGCAAAGGCCGCCAGGGUACCAGGGACCCAGCCCCACCAGACGGCACCAGCAGCAAGGGGACGGAUGGUAGGGUGGGGCCCAGAUUCCCCAGGUACACUGAAUGUUUGCUCAGGGUCCACCUGGGGUCUGAGACAAGGCGUGGGGUGGCCUGCCCAGCAGCCACGUCCCCCAUCACCAGGUGUCCCUGUGGGAAAGCACUGAGACUACGAAGUCCUGUCUGCUGAGUAGGCCUGGGGGCUGCAGUGUCAGUCGUUGGCCUUGGUGAUUAAAGCUCGGUGAUGAAAGCCGG